AUGCCCACAACCAACCUCCUACUCCUCAUCUUACCCACCCUAAUUGCCAUAGCAUUCCUAAUAUUAACCGAACGGAAAAUCCUAGGCUACACACAAUUACGCAAGGGCCCUAAUAUCGUAGGCCCUUAUGGCCUACUACAACCUUUCGCCGACGCAAUAAAACUCUUCACCAAGGAACCCCUAAAACCAUCUACAUCAACCGCCACCCUCUAUAUCAUUGCCCCAACUUUAGCCCUCACCAUCGCCCUCCUACUAUGAACCCCCCUUCCCAUACCCAGCCCCCUAAUCAACCUCAACUUGGGCCUCCUAUUUAUUCUAGCCACAUCCAGCCUAACCGUCUAUUCCAUCCUAUGAUCAGGAUGAGCAUCAAACUCUAACUACGCCCUAAUCGGCGCAUUACGAGCAGUAGCCCAAACAAUUUCAUACGAAGUUACCUUAGCCAUUAUCUUACUAUCGGUCCUACUAAUAAACGGAUCAUUUAAUCUUUCUACCCUUAUUACAACACAAGAACACAUCUGACUAAUCCUACCAACAUGGCCCCUAGCUAUAAUAUGAUUUGUUUCCACAUUAGCAGAAACCAACCGAACUCCAUUUGACCUAACCGAAGGAGAGUCAGAACUAGUUUCAGGGUUCAACACCGAAUAUGCUGCAGGCCCAUUCGCCCUGUUCUUCAUAGCCGAAUACGUAAAUAUCAUUAUAAUAAACGCCUUAACCACCACAAUCUUCCUAGGCACCACACACAAUGCCCGAUUCCCAGAACUUUACACAACAUGUUUCACUAUUAAAACCCUUCUUCUAACCUCCCUAUUCCUAUGAAUCCGAACAACAUAUCCCCGAUUCCGCUACGAUCAACUCAUAUACCUCCUAUGAAAAAACUUCCUGCCACUCACCCUGGCCCUACUCAUAUGAUACAUUUCUCUACCCAUUAUAAUUGCCAGUACUCCUCCCCAAACCUA